GUCAGAGCGCGCCUGGCGCUGGUUAAAGAGGCGCGCGGAGGCGGGCGCGGCGCACACUGCUGGAGCCCGCGGGGUAGCGACGCACGUGUCUCCUCCGAAUCAGACCCUCAGUUUUCCCCGCUUCUUCCUCCUGCGGGCUCGGCGCGCCCCCUUGGCUCCCCUAGGUGUCCGCCGACCCCGGCCCAGCAGCGCAGCUCCCCGCGAUCUGCGGACCAACUGGGCCGAGCAACUUUGUCCUGGGAGCGACGCCGCGGGGGAAGGGGCACUGCGCAUGCGGAGCUCCAAAUUCAAACAGCUGUUUCCAGAGGCUGCGGGAGGGCCGCCGCGGAGCCGCUGGGGUUAGGGGUAGCUUUCUGGAGGAGGCAGCUGCCCGAGAGCCAUGGUGGACCGGGGUCCCCUGCUCACCUCGGCCAUCAUCUUCUACCUGGCCAUAGGGGCGGCGAUCUUCGAAGUGCUGGAGGAGCCGCACUGGAAGGAGGCCAAGAAAAACUAUUACACGCAGAAGUUGCAUCUCCUGCAGGAGUUCCCGUGCCUGAGCCAGGAGGGCCUGGACAAGAUCCUGCAGGUAGUAUCCGAUGCGGCGGGACAAGGCGUGGCCAUUACAGGGAACCAGACCUUCAACAACUGGAACUGGCCCAAUGCGAUGAUUUUUGCUGCCACAGUCAUCACCACCAUUGGUUAUGGCAAUGUGGCUCCCAAGACCCCAGCCGGCCGCCUCUUCUGCGUCUUCUAUGGUCUCUUCGGGGCGCCGCUCUGCCUGACGUGGAUCAGUGCCCUGGGCAAGUUCUUCGGGGGCCGAGCCAAGAGGCUAGGCCAGUUCCUCACCAGGAGAGGCGUGAGCCUGCGGAAGGCACAGAUCACGUGCACGGCCAUCUUCAUCCUGUGGGGCGUCCUGGUUCACCUGGUGAUCCCGCCCUUCGUGUUCAUGGUGACCGAGGAGUGGAACUACAUCGAGGGCCUCUACUACUCCUUCAUCACCAUCUCCACCAUCGGCUUCGGUGACUUCGUGGCUGGUGUGAACCCCAGCGCCAACUACCACGCCCUGUACCGCUACUUUGUGGAGCUCUGGAUCUACCUAGGGCUGGCCUGGCUGUCUCUCUUUGUCAACUGGAAGGUGAGCAUGUUUGUGGAAGUUCACAAAGCCAUUAAGAAGAGGCGGCGGCGGCGGAAGGAGUCCUUUGAAAGCUCCCCACACUCCCGGAAGGCCCUGCAGAUGGCCGGAAAUGCUGCCUCCAAGGAUGUCAACAUCUUCAGCUUUCUGUCCAAGAAGGAGGAAACCUACAAUGACCUCAUCAAGCAGAUCGGGAAGAAAGCAAUGAAGACCAGUGCGGGUGGGGAGAGGGUCCCGGGACCAGGCCCCCGGCUGGGGUCCCAAGGCGCUGGGCUGCCAGCGAUCCCCACAUCCCAGGUGCCCCUGGUGGUUUAUUCCAAGAACCGGGUGCCCAGCCUGGAGGAGGUGUCACAGACCCUCAGGACCAAAGGCCACGUGUCCAGGGCCCCUGGUGAGGAGGCUGAGGACCCUGAGGAUGGCUCCCCAACCUCUGAGGCCUUCAGCAACCAGCUGGACCGCAUCAGCGAGGAGGGAGAGCCCUGGGAGGCCCUGGACUACCGGCCGCUCAUCUUCCAGGACGCCAGCAUCACCUUCGUGAGCGAGGAGGCCGGCCUCUUGGAUGAGGAGACCUCCAAGUCCUCGCUAGAGGAAAACCUGGCAGGGGAGGCGCAGCCCCAGGAGGGGGCCACGGCCCAGGCGCCCCUGAGCAUGGGCGAGUUCCCCUCGUCGGAUGAGUCAACCUUCACCACUGAGUCGGAGCUGUCUGUGCCUUAUGAGCAGCUGAUGAACGAGUACAAUAAAGCCAACAGCCCCAGGGGCACAUGAGGCAGGCCUGGCUCCCCACCCCGCCUGACCCAGGGGCCAGCCCUGCAACGGGAGUGGGGGGCCGGGGGCCUUAUUCUCCUGUCCCUUCCAGCCAGAUGCUCGGGUGGAUGAGGUGCAGGCCCAGGACAGGGCCUCUGCUCUCCAGCCACUCGGCGGGCGCCUGGCAGUGGAGAUGCUGCUGUCCUGAGCGGGGCCGUGUUUUCAGUGGUCGGAGGCUUGCGGGCGGCUGACCCCGUGAGGCCCUGUGCCUACAUGGUUCCUCACCGGCUCCCAGGUGACCCUCACAGGGUUUUGAGGCCCAGCCCUCAGCUGAGUUCACCAGUGUUUGUUACUGAGCAGCUCUGCGGGCUGGCCCUGAGCUAGACAUUUCCAGGAGGGCAGGAGGAGCCUGCGAGGUCUGUUUCUGCCUUUUCAGCUCGCAGGGUUUGGUGGGGACAGCCCUAAUGGGGCGAGGCGUCUCCUCAGGACCCAGGAGCCGCAGGACCCAGCCCCUGCCCCCCUGCCGGCCUGUCCUUGUGCCCAGGCCCAGUUCAGGACCUUGCUGCCCGCCGGUAGCUCACUCUCCAUCCCCAGCCCGAUGGCGCAGGCCCAGACUGUCCUUGGCCCACAAAUGGGCUGUGACCAAAAAUGUGAACGGAGCUCCUCUCUAGCUCCCGUGCGGCGUGCGCGUGUGUGAAGAAGGGAAGCGCUAGGCUGGGGAGAAAGGUAAUGUGAAACUGUUCCUGGUGAGAGGUGGGGAGAUCUCCCCGCUGCCUCAGCUGUUGGGUUUUCAGUGAUGCUCUCCUAGGCUGCCUCACUGUGCCCUGAGUGUUUUUGCUAUUUCCUAAUGAACUGCUGUUUUUAUACCUGACUCUGUUGUUGGCUUCAGAGCCAGUAAAGAGCAGGGUGUGGAGAAGUGGGGUGCCCAGCGUGUACCCCGCUGUCUGGGCCUUUCGGGCUGACAUGAGCCAAGGCCAUAUGUCAAGAGCUGUGACCCCAUCAUGGUUAGGGGGGUGACACUGAGCUCGGGGGGCAGAGGUGGAGAGCGGUAUUGGUGGCAGCCACCAGGCUGCCACCCUCUGUGCCUCUCAGCCUUCCUCUCUUACCCCACUGCCCCUCUCUGUGGGGGAGGAUGGGGCAGAGCCCCCCAGCAUGGGACCCCGGUGGGGUCCCUUGUCCGCACCCCCCAUUCUCUAAGCGGUUGCCAAGGCUGGCGGCUGGCACAGGCCGGGAGGAACAGCCCGUGUUGUUCUGUGAAAGGUUCCGUGAGCUCAUCUCACUGCUGGCUGUCCUGGAAUCACACUGUAUGUACAUACUGGCGAUGACGUCAAAUGUAACUUAUUUUGCCAUUUUUACAAUAAAAUGUGGACAGGCCA